AUGAUAUCUCGCAACGAUGAGAUCGAAACGAAAUCCUCUCCUGAUAUAAGGAGGCUUCCUGUAACACUCCUUUCGGGGUUUCUAGGCAGCGGAAAAACAACCCUUCUGGAACACAUCCUAAGAUCGCCAGACCAUGGCCUCAAGAUCGCAGUCAUCGUCAAUGACAUGAGCACACUCAACAUCGACGCAGCCCUGAUCACGCACCACAAGGUCUCCCAGACAAAGGAGAAACUCAUCCAGCUCCAGAAUGGCUGCAUCUGCUGCACCCUGCGCGGCGACCUGCUGUCGGAGCUGGCCCGUCUGGCACGGUCCCAGGAAGUCGAAUACGUCGUCAUCGAAAGCACCGGCAUCAGCGAGCCGAUGCAAGUCGCGGAGACGUUUACGGCCGAGUUCAGUGCGGCCAUGAUGGAAGUGGAGGCGGACAGCAUGGAUACGGAUGAAGAGAGCAGGAAGAUCCUUGCUGAGGUAUCCGAGAUGGGCGGUCUGCACAUGUUAGCCAGACUAGAUACGACCGUCACCGUCAUUGAUGCCUUCAACCUCUUCGCCAACUUCGACACCACCGAAUUCCUGUCCGAUCGCUACGGCUCGCAGGAGAUCACGCCCGACGACGAGCGGACCAUCUCCGACCUGAUGGUCGACCAGAUCGAGUUUGCGGACGUCCUGAUCAUCAACAAGAUCGAAACGGUAGACGAGACGGUCCGGGUGCGAAUCAGGAAGCUGAUCAAGCUGCUGAAUCCUGACGCCAAAGUCAUCGAGACCAGCUACUCCAAGGUCGACGUCAAGGAGAUCGUCCAGACGAACCGGUUCAAUUUCCUCAAGGCUGCGUCUGGGGCAGGCUGGCUGAGGAGCUUGCACGAGAUGACCGUUCGGGAAACUGGGGCAGGCAAGAGAGUGGCGCCGAUGCCGGAGACCCUAGAGUACGGCAUCAACAACUUUGUGUAUAGGGCCCGUCGGCCAUUCCACCCGCGACGGUUGUUCGCCCUCUUGCAUGACAAAUUCAUUUUGCUUCAAAAUAGAGAGCAGGAUGAAGAGAAUGAAGAAGGAGAAGAAGGAGAAGGAGAAGAUGAUACAGAAACUCACAAGGAAGACGACAUGGAAAGCAUCGAGGACUUCGAACAACCGGAACCAGCUACCAUCCUAGCCAACAAACGAGCCCACCCGGCCUUCGGGCCCGUCCUCCGCUCCAAAGGAUUCUUCUGGCUCGCCACGCGACCCCUGCAAUUCGGUGAGUGGAGUCAAGCCGGCGGCAUGCUGACCGUCGGAUGCGGAGGCCCCUGGUUCGCUGAGGUCCCUCGCGAGAUGUGGCCUGAGGACAAGGACGUGUACGAAUCGAUUGAAAGGGAUUUCCGCGAGCCCUGGGGGGACCGUCGACAGGAGAUCGUGUUCAUCGGGGAAGGGAUCGAUAUCGAGAAGAUCACGAGUGCGCUGGACGAAUGCCUUCUCGAUGACGAGGACAUGGCGCGAUGGGAGGAGGUGAUGAAGGACGAGAAAACUUCCAGCCAGGAGAAGGCGGAAAUUCUUGGACGGAUGUGGGAAGAUGGAUGGGAGGGAUGGCCUGCUUUGGAGAUUGAAGAGGUAGAAGAAGAUGGCAUGGAUUUGGACAGAGAAAAUUGGCAGAAGAAGCAUCGCAUUAGCGAGCAUCUUGGACAUGGACAUGCACAUGCACAUGGACAUCGGCAUGACCAUGUCAAGAGUCUGAAAAAAGGCAGUGGCCGUGUAGCUAUAACCACCACACAGGACAGUACAGUGUCACACCGUUGA